AUGAUAGCAAAAGGCAUUCUCAACAAGAUAACCACAGAUGUGGACGACUUCAAGCAGAAUCUUUCUGUGACUCUCCAGAUUCUGCAAGUGAAGGACUCUAGCAUAUUUGACACGAAUACCGAAGAGGUCAAGAGCAUUGUCAAGGUUGCACAAGCAUAUAGCGUUGCCAACUGUGAGCGGGACUGCCUGAAACCUCCUGAUGCGAUGAUCGACUACAACAUCGCACAUGAUCAGCGAUAUGACCGAACGCGGGAAUGGCUCGUCAGCAGGACGGCAUUCCCAUACCUUUCGCCUGCUCUUACCGUUUUUAUUUCCAUUUUCCAUGGUGAAAAAUAUGGCAAUGCAUUACAGGCUGCAUACCGUCGCGGCCAUGCGAAAAUAAGCAAGAGAGCACUAUACGGUGCCAAUGGCUGGGGCUAUGAGAAAUUGGGGACAACACUACUCGCCGUGGGUGUGAACGCACAGAACAAGUCUCAUAUGACCGCAUUCUAUGCUGCAGCUACCUGUGGACAUGAGAAAGUGGUACAGCUGCUACUCAAUGGCGGUGCGGAUGUCAACACAGAGGAAGUUCCUGCGUUAUGCUCAGUAUCAAGGUAUGGUUAG